AAAGUUUUAUAAUAAUUGGAUGUCUCAAGAAAUAAAAAAAUUAACUCCAACUGACAAAAUUCAACAUUUAGCAUAUGAUGUUAUUGCUAAAUGGAUUAAAAUGCUUGGGAUUCUGUUAAUAUACAACUUAUUCAACAUUCUUUUAAAUGUUGUG